AUGAUGCCCAAAACAGCCAUCUGUGGGAAAACAAGGAACCGAGUGAAGUACAAAUGGAAUCCUUCCCUGCCUGGGAAAAAAAGGCAAACCAAGGAACAACUGAAGUACAAAUUGAAUCCUUCCCUGGGAAAAAAAGGUGAGUCCAUUCAUAAAAUCAAAUCAGCCAGGGCCAAGCAAGGACCAAGUCCUGCACAUCCACCUAGUGACUCAGGCAAAACAAGGAACCGAGUGAAGUACAAAUUGAAUCCUUCCCUGGGAAAAAAAAGGCCAAGCAAGGACCAAGUCCUGCACAUCCACCUAGUGACUCAGGGAAACCAAGGACCAACUGAAGUACAAAUUGAAUCCUUCCCUGGGAAAAAAAGGUCACUUGCGGUAGUCAAAGGGUUAUUAGCAGCUGUCACAUCGCCUCGCCUGCAGUUGCAGCAGGUAACAUGCAAGGGCAGGAACGGUGCUGGUGUGAUGUAGCUAUCAAGUGCAUCCAUCAAGGUUGAAUGUGUGCAGUCAGUGAUCACUGGAGAUUUUUUCCCCUUCGAAACAAUACUGCCUAACCAAAUGGAGUAGACAAGAAAAGUUUUGAUACAUUUAUUGGUAUUGUUGUUGAAAAUAAAGACUGAUGCCAAAAUUUAGA